AGCCAUCUUCAGCAGACUGGUGUGAUAGGGUUAAGUUGAUGGUGUUUAAUCGCGUCACGGUUCAGUUUUCUUGCUGUUUUUUUUUUGUGACGUCACGGUAGUAGCUGUCCUCGUAACGGUGGUGCUGAACAAGAUGGCUGUGCGGCGGCUCACGAGAGGCUGACAAGACGAAGACAAUUCGCUGGUUUUGUCGCCCCAAACCCAGGCAGAAGAGCCAGGACUUAUGUAGGAACGACAAUCUUGGACAGCCGACAUUCCAAUUUCAGCUGCUUCAACGGGUGCAAUUUGUACCGUGAGAUCUCAUUUCGAUCUCCAAUCUCCGGCAGCUCCUGGUUGGACGCGUCUCAGCCUCCAAAAAUCUCUUCAUCUUUAUUUAUAUUAAUUAUCUCAUUUAUUAGAAGCAACCAAAAGCCGCCAACAUAGCUGAUAAACUGCAGAAAGAGAUGUCACUGCUUUGUGUCGGAGUGAAAAAAGCGAAGCUAGAUGGACCACAAGAAAAAUUCAACACGUAUGUGACCCUUAAGGUGCAGAACGUGAAGAGCACCACCAUCGCUGUACGAGGCAGUCAGCCAUGUUGGGAACAGGACUUCAUGUUUGAGAUUAACAGGCUGGAUCUGGGCCUGACUGUGGAGGUCUGGAACAAAGGGUUGAUUUGGGACACCAUGGUGGGAACACUGUGGAUCCCUCUGAGCAGCAUUCGCCAGUCCAAUGAGGAAGGACCGGGGCAGUGGAUAACUUUGGACUCCCAAGUCAUCAUGGCCGAAAGUGAGAUCUGUGGUACCAAAGAUCCAACUUUCCACCGCGUGCUUCUGGACACACGCUUCGAAUUGCCUUUAGACAUUCCAGAGGAGGAGGCUCGCUAUUGGGCCAAAAAACUGGAGCAGCUUAAUGCCAUGCGGGACCAAGACUAUUCGUAUCAGGAGGAGCUUGAGAGACCACUUCCAGUGCCAUCCACACAGUGCUGUAACUGGAGUCUAUGGGGAGACCAACAAAAUGAUGAUCCAGACAGUGCCGUGGACGACCGAGACAGCGAUUACCGCAGUGAGACGAGCAACAGCAUCCCUCCUCCUUUUUACACCACAUCCCAGCCCAAUGCCUCCAUGCACCAGUAUCCCAUUCGCAACAUGCAACUCGGCUCCUGCAUUGAUGACAUGCAAGAGUACGACUACGAUAACCAGAGACCCAUGAGACGCUUUGAUAGUUUAGACUCCGCUACCAACGGCCGCAGUGAUCUCGAUUCGGCCUCCGGCUCGAGCAGGCGGACCAGCCGCCAGUACUCCUUAGACAGUAGGCGCUCACUCUCUGAUAGUCCCACGGGGUCCAGCCGUUAUGCUUCGUCAGGCGAGCUGAGCCGAGGCAGCUCGCAGCUCAGUGAGGAUGGCGAAAGCUUCCGUGGCUCAGGAGAGUUCUACGAUGAGAACGAUUCCUACCACUCGUGCCACUCUUCGGUCAGCUAUGGUAAAGAGUCCCCUGGCUGGGACCAUGAUGAGCCCCAAGGAGUCUACAGCGAUGAAGGUAGCUACGUCAAAGACGGAGGCGAGGAAGGCGCGAUAUUUGAGGAUGAGGACGCCGACUUGUACGAGCAGGAAGAAGGCGAUUACCCCUAUGAAGAGGAAGAGGGAAUGGGCUUUGAGGAGGAUGAGGAGUUAUAUCCUCUGGAUGGUACACUUAGUGAAGAUCAGGAGCCCCCAUAUACACCCACUCCAACCAGUGCUGCUCCCUCGUUAGCCCGUGAGACCUCCAGCUUUAGUCGGCCGCCAUUAGAAAAGCAGACUUCGAUGCACCAGCAUCAGCCCCCACUACCCGAACCUCAAUUCCGGCCCACAGAUACUUUCACAGAGGCUGUGCCGAAGCAGAAAAGCUUUGAUGACUUCAGCAAACCUGGGAGCAAAUCCACUGUCUCUGAUGUGGAGACUCUUGGCUCUACAGCAACAUCUCAAAAACCUACAGCAAAAUCUGUUGGAGUUAAAGAGGUGCCAAAGCCUCCAGUUGAGCCUGUAGUCUCUGAGAAGUUAUUUGAAGCCCUGCCUGAGAAAAUGGAAGCACCUCCAGAAAGUGUGGUAAAGCGGGACGAGGUGGUGGAUCCUGCUGAACGUGCCAAGGCCAACUGGCUUCGACUUUUCAACAGGGUUCAGCUCCAGCUGCAGGAGGCCCGAGGUGAGACUCCAGUACUUGCAUCACUGUUUUUACAAGCGGGACCCGGCGGAGCUCUGUACACCAUAGACAGCAUGCCAGACUUGCGCAAACGCAAGGCCAUUCCUCUGGUUCGAGAUUUGGCGAUGUCUCUCGUCCAGAAUUCUCGCAAGGCUGGAAUCACCUCGGCUAUGGCCUCCAGCACUCUGAACAACGAGGAGCUGAAGAGUCACGUGUAUAAGAAGACCCUCCAGGCUCUGAUCUACCCCAUUUCCUGUACUACCCCCCAUAACUUUGAGGUUUGGACGGCCACUACGCCGACUUACUGCUAUGAGUGUGAGGGGCUGUUGUGGGGUAUUGCCCGGCAGGGUAUGCGCUGUACCGAGUGCGGCGUCAAAUGCCAUGAGAAGUGCCAGGACCUGCUAAACGCUGACUGUUUACAAAGAGCUGCUGAGAAGAGCUCCAAACAUGGUGCAGAGGAUCGGACUCAGAACAUCAUCAUGGUUCUAAAGGAUCGCAUGAAAAUCCGUGAGAGAAACAAGCCAGAGAUCUUCGAGCUCAUCCAGGAUGUGUUCGGCGUCCCCAAAACCUCUCACGUCACCCAGAUGAAGCAGGUCAAGCAAAGUGUCUUGGAUGGAACGUCAAAGUGGUCAGCCAAGAUCAGCAUCACAGUUUUGUGUGCUCAGGGCCUCCAGGCCAAGGAUAAAACCGGCUCCAGCGAUCCCUACGUUACAGUGCAAGUAGGCAAAACAAAGAAAAGAACCAAGACCAUCUACGGCAACCUCAAUCCUGUCUGGGACGAGUCCUUCAAUUUCGAGUGCCACAACUCUUCAGACCGGAUAAAAGUGCGAGUAUGGGACGAGGACGAUGACAUCAAAUCACGCGUCAAGCAGAAGUUCAAGCGAGAGUCUGACGACUUCCUGGGGCAGACUAUAAUCGAGGUGCGGACGCUGAGCGGUGAAAUGGACGUGUGGUACAACCUCGACAAGCGUACCGACAAGUCCGCCGUGUCAGGAGCUAUCCGAAUGCACAUCAGCGUGGAGAUCAAGGGAGAAGAAACAGUGGCCCCGUAUCAUGUCCAGUACACCUGCCUCCAUGAGAACCUCUUCCACUACGUGACGGAUCUUCAGAACAAUGGCGUAGUAAAGAUCCCGGACGCAAAAGGAGAUGAUGCCUGGAAGGUCUACUUCGAAGAGACGCCUCAGGAGAUCGUGGAUGAGUUUGCAAUGCGUUACGGAGUGGAAUCCAUAUACCAAGCCAUGACACACUUUGCCUGUCUUUCGUCUAAGUACAUGUGUCCAGGAGUGCCAGCUGUAAUGAGCACUCUGCUGGCUAACAUUAACGCGUACUACGCUCACACCACCCAGGCUACCAAUAACGUCUCGGCUUCCGACCGCUUCGCUGCAUCCAACUUUGGGAAAGAGCGUUUUGUCAAACUCCUGGACCAGCUACACAACUCUUUGAGGAUCGACCUCUCCAUGUACAGGAAUAAUUUCCCAGCCAGCAGCCCUGAGAGGCUGCAGGAUCUCAAAUCCACUGUGGACCUUCUCACCAGUAUCACAUUCUUCAGAAUGAAGGUCCAAGAGCUACAGAGUCCUCCUCGUGCCAGUCAGGUUGUGAAAGACUGUGUGAAGGCCUGCCUGAACUCCACAUACGAAUACAUCUUCAACAACUGCCAUGAGCUGUACAGCCGCGAGUACCAGACUGACCCGUCAAAGAAAGGUGAGCUUCCUCCUGAAGAACAGGGUCCAAGCAUCAAGAACCUUGACUUCUGGUCCAAACUGAUCACCCUAAUUGUGUCCAUUAUUGAGGAAGACAAGAACUCCUACACUCCUUGUCUUAACCAUCGUACCAUGCAUGCAUUAGGUGUCACACCUACUGGUUACCAACAAACAUCAGAGCACGCUCUCUUUUCCUGCUCGGUGGUGGACGUCUUUUCUCAGCUCAACCAGAGCUUUGAAAUUAUUAAAAAGCUGGAGUGCCCCGACCCUCAGAUUGUGGGCCACUAUAUGAAGCGCUUUGCUAAGACAAUUAGCAACGUUCUGCUCUCCUAUGCCAGCAUAAUCUCUCGAGACUUCCCUCACCACUGCACCAAGGAGAAAGUGAAUGCUAAGGAUGGUGCUAUAAAGCCCUGUAUUCUGAUUAACAACAUUCAGCAAUUGCGGGUACAGCUAGAGAAGAUGUUUGAGGCAAUGGGAGGCAAGGAUCUGAAUGUUGAGGCGAGCGACAUCCUGAAGGAGCUGCAAGUGAAACUCAACAAUGUUCUGGAUGACCUGGCCAGGAUCUUUGCCACCAGUUUCCAGCCCAACAUUGAAGAGAAUGUGAAGCAGAUGGGAGACAUUCUGAGCCAAGUAAAAGGCACAGGCAACGUGCCAGCUAGCGCCUGCAGCAGCGUGGCUCAGGAUGCAGACAACGUUCUGCAGCCCAUCAUGGACUUCCUUGACAGCAACUUGUCGCUGUUCGCUAAGAUAUGUGAGAAGACGGUCCUGAAACGAGUGCUAAAGGAGCUCUGGAAACUUGUCAUGAACACCAUGGAGAAGACCAUCGUUCUGCCUCCUCUAACCGAUCAAACGAUGAUAGGCAGGGUGAAGCUUGCUUGUCACAGUGAUGGUACACAGCUAAUUUUCAACGCCGCUAAGGAGCUUGGGCAGCUUUCCAAGCUGAAGGAGCACAUGGUGCGUGAAGAAGCCAAGGCUUUAUCACCCAAGCAGUGUGCAGUUAUUGAGUUGGCUCUGGAUACCAUCAAGCAAUAUUUCCAUGCUGGAGGAGUCGGCCUGAAGAAGACCUUUCUGGAGAAGAGUCCUGACCUGCAGUCUCUUCAUUAUGCCCUGUCCCUCUACACACAAGCCACAGACAAGCUCAUCAAGACAUUUGUACAGUCACAGAAUGCACAAGUUCAUGGAGGGAAGGGGAUAAGGUUCACCAAUAGCGAGGAUGUGUACCCCGAAAAGGGCUCUGGUGUGGACGAUUCUGUAGGAGAGGUGUCCAUCCAUGUCGAGGUCUUCACUCAUCCCAACACAGGCGAACACAAGGUCACAGUGAAAGUGGUCGCAGCAAACGACCUGAGGUGGCAGACGUCUGGAAUAUUCCGCCCCUUUGUAGAGGUCUACAUUAUCGGCCCUCACCUGAGCGACAAGAAGAGGAAGUAUGCCACUAAAUCGAAGAACAACAGCUGGGCUCCUAAGUACAACGAAACAUUCACAUUUACGCUGAGUAACGAGGUGGGGCCAGAGUGUUAUGAGCUGCAGGUGUGCGUGAAGGACUACUGCUUCGCACGAGAGGACCGCACCGUAGGCAUGGCCGUGCUGCAGCUAAAGGACGUGGCGCCCCGCGGGAGCGUGGCCUGCUGGCUCCCGCUUACCAAACGCAUCCACAUGGACGAGACGGGUCUGACGGUCUUGCGCAUCCUCUCCCAGCGCAACAACGACGAUGUGGCGAAAGAGUUUGUCAAACUCAAAUCCGACCAGCGCUCUGCAGAGGAAGGCAGAGGGAGCUAAAGGUAGAAGGAAAUGGGGAUUUUCAAGAUAACUGGCCCCCUCUCUAAUUUUAUCUGUUGAGUGUUGCACUAAAACAAACACACACACACACACACACACACACACACACACACACACACACUGCAGAUCAGAAUACUGGACAAAUCCUACGAAACAGUGACUUUGCCAUUAUCUGCCCUGAGGCUUGAAGCACAGUGCAGGACAUAUGAAGAUACAGGUACACACUCCUGAACCUGUAGAAUACUUGAUGUUUGUGUGGUGUCCUUGAUUUUCAAAAGUACAUAUUAUAUGGCACAACCUGAAGGUUGAAAGAUAUUUAUCUAGAUAUUCAUACAUAAAUAUAUUUAAAAACUGCAAAUAUUCUUUCAAUAAUAUAUCAGAGCUAAACGUCUGCCGUCAUAUCGGGAAAUGUCUAAAUGGAUCCUUCUUCUUUUUUUUUUAUCAAAUGAUUACAGAGCAGAGCAGAGAUACGCCCGAGUGAAAGCAGGAUUGCUCUAAUGUAGUGCCACCGAUGCCUCUCAGAGCCCUAUUUCUUACUGUUUAUGAGAACGAUGUCUUGAACGAGACUUUGGUGUGUAAAACUGCCUUGUUUAUCAUUCCUGCACCUCCACACGGGUGUCUGAGCAUCAGGGUAUUUCUCCUUUCUUCUCAGUGAGAUGUUUCUCCAUUACGUUUGAAAGGGACACUUUUAACAGGGGCCAAUGCUUUUUUUAAAACAAAAAAUAAUAAAUUAUGCAAAUCUCUUUUCUCGAUCAAGCACAAGACGAUGGUUGUAUAUGAAGUGAAACCAUGGCUUGCAAAACCGUGCAAGGACCAAAUACAUCUCACGGAGCAAAGGAACAAAUUUCUUUUUGCCGAUUCUGUACAUCCCACUGGGAACGAUAGGAAUUUGGAAGCUCACGAUGCGCUGUAUGGGUUUAUUUACGUAAUUCUAGAGUCGUAUAUGUUGAUUGAAUGUCAGAAAUGUUGGUAUGUUUGGGUGAAGUAUUCCUGUUCAACACACUGCCAUGCCUCUCUAACGUCCACUUUUUGGGUUUUAUUUCAUUUGUGUGUGAGCAUGUGUGCCUUGCAUGUGUGGUGUAUCAAGUGAGUGCAUGACCGAGAUUUUAUAAGGCAUUACGGCGACAUGGGUCAGGUGCAAAAGGACCUUAUACGACGACGUACUGACUCGUUCGCCAAUUUGAUUUUCUAACGAGGCGUCCCAUCGUUUUUAAGAGAUACAGCAUUUUUAUCUCAGAACAAUUCUGGCGCUGUUGCCAUAGCAACCCAAACCACCCCCAAAUUGUCUUGCCAGCCAUCUAAGUGUUCAGGAAAAGCACAACGUGAACGUGUACUUCGUGCUGGAGGAUUUAAUAUGUUCCCUGCCACACGAGAACACCCCUUCAUUUCCAGCCAUUGAGCAGUCAGUGACGGGAACACAGCUUUUCCACCCUGCUGGUGUUCCACAGGGUUUUAUAGCACAGCGUAGGGUGGAGAUAAUGACUGGUUAUAGCUUUGGGUGUGUGUGUGUGUGUGUGUGUGUGUGUGUGUGUGUGUGUGUGUGUGUGUGAUUUAUCUUCUAGCUUUGAAGAUCUCACUGAUUAUUCGUGUUCGCUGGAAAUCCAGCGCAUUGGCCGACUGGGUUCAUCACAUGAUGUGUUUUUAUUAAUGCCUGGAUUAUUAACCUUAAAAAAACCCCGAAUUAAAUUAAAAACCUGCAUAAUAAUGGAUCAUAUUUACACACAAAAAUAAAAAUAAGUACUCCAUACAUGGUGUAUACAGUGCAUAAACACAGCUACACUACAUGGCCAAAGUUUGUGGACACCUGAGUUUCCUUCUGGUUUUGUUUGAACAUCUCAAUCCAUAUUUAGUCCCCGUUCGCUCUUCUAAUAAUCUCUACUCUUCUCGGAAGAUCUUUUGGAGCUCGUUUGCGUCAUUUCCCGCGGGAGUGCAGAUCUCUACCUCCAACGUUGUGCAAAAAAGGGUAACUCAGAGGCUCGUAAACCUCAACUGCUCAGUGGUAUGAAUGAGAUUAAAAUAAGUUGCUCUGGAUAAGAGCCAUAAAUGCAAACAGUUUGUAGAACAUAUAGCUGGAAAAGUCGUGUGUCCCAAUACUUUUAAAAAUGCUUGCUGAUCCCUCCCUAAGAUAACCGUGCAUUCCCUCAAGUCGUAGAUUGAAUAGGCCACGUUUUGAAUAAAGAUGUGUAUCCACACUGACGCCACGUUAAAAGGGAUGUCAUGUGAAGUGAUCUGAAGAUAAAAAAUAAAAAAAGAACUCAACCUCAACCUCACAUUUCGUCUCUGGAUGAAAACUUCUGCUAUUUCGGAUAUUAUCUGAAACCAAAAUGAUGAAUGCUGUCUCAUUUCAAAUGGUCUAGAAAACCAGUAAUGAUAUUGUCAUUGGGUGCUUUUCAUACAAAUUAGUGUAUAAUAUGUUACAGCCACAAUUAUACACCCGAACGUUUCUUAUCGAGACUGUGUGAAGCUCAGAAACAGACCGCAGGACCGCCGAACGCUGUCCAGACGCUCUGAGAGGCUCGGAAGCUGAGCCUGAGAUGUGACUAUCGAUAAGAACCGAGAAGAGGCAUAAACGAGUGAGAGCACAAACAAAGCACAGAGAGAUCCUGAUUUUAUGCUCACACACACACUUACACUCACUCACUCACUCACAUACAUACAGUGCAAUGAUGUCUGCCCCCAGCACACCCCCACCCCAAUCUUGGACUCCAGAUCCUUAGAUAGGAAGCAGUGCAUGUUGGGAUAAGAUCUCUCUCGUGCCAGCAUGUUUGGUUUUUUUGAUGUGAUUUUGAAGACCGUGGUAAUUUUUGUUAUUUAUUUAGAAUAUUUAGUAUUAUUUUCUAUUUUUGGAAGGCUUGUGAAUAUAUAAAUAUGUGUAGGGAUAGAGUACUGAAGCAUGAGAGACUUUUUUUAUACAACAGAUGUUUAUAAUUUCUGUUUUUCUAACUAUUAUUGUUCUUAUCGGGGAUGAAAGUGAAACUAAUAGCAUUUUUUUUUUUUGCUGUGUUUCUACUUAAUGAAUGGUCAUAAAUAUAUUAAAUAAAUGGCUAUAAAAAAUGGUGUCUUUCGUUAUUAUUAGUAGUAAAUUCCAAGAUUAUAAAUUAUUAACAAUUAUUAUAAAGGUAAUAAUUUAAUCAGUACAUGUUUUACUUGUUCCUUUUGUUUCUAUGCAAAAAAAAAAAAAAAAAAAAGGAAAAAAAGUUAUGAAGAUUUCCUUUGAUCAAACAAAUCUAGAAAAGUCCAGAAUUCAAUUUGCAUUGAAAAAUCCUCCUUUAGAGAACAGCAGCUUUACACACUCAGCAUCUGGACAGUUCAUUUCUCCAAAACUCUCCAAAU